ACCAAUAGUUUUGUUUCGAGAUAAUCAAAUAGUAUCACAAUUUCAAAUCCGAAUUUUUCUCAAAUAACUUCAACAUUUAAAAUAUUUUUUUUUUUUACUACUCAGAUUCAUCUAGAUCUCAAAUGUCGACUCUAUUGAGUUGUUUUCUCGGCACCUUUUUCAGCCAAAUAUUGACAAACUGCAGAAGAAAAAGAAAAAAACUCACUUUUCAAUCGGGCAAUGAAAUCGAGCAGUGUGCUGCACAUUCAUUCAUACUUUUUCCUGAUCUCCUUUAUACACAUUCUCUUCAUCUCUUGUAAGUAUAACCCUUUUUUUGUGUUUCUUUCUUUCCUCCAAUGUCUUUGUCAACCUUUUUUGCCACUACUGCAUGAUCAUUUCUUUUUUGGGCGUGGUCCAAAACCCACAGACUUGUUGCUGUCACAACAACACAAACAACAUUGCAAAGAAUGGGACAAUUUCUAUAUCUUUCUAUGUGUCGUGUUUGCUGAGACUAAAUGAUGAAAGAAUCAUAUGCCCUCAUCUCACUUCCUAGCUAAGUUGUGUGUGCAGAAAUUUAGAAUCUAUAAUGUCAAAAUUACAGCACCAAUUUUGUACAUAAACUGUGUAAAAUAUUAAUAUAACACGGUUGCAUUGUCAUGUCCUAAACUAGUGUCCAACCCUUAGUGUGCAAUUGUGGUCCUUCCUCAUCAACUUGGUUGUCGUUUUUGAAGUCAUGGCGUGCCCUUAUGGUGUAAAUUUUUAAACGAUUUCCAAGUCACAUGUACAUCACACUCUUGUUUCAUCAAACAAAAUUUAAUUCAAAUGAUGUUAUGCCAAAUUCGCACAACAAUAUAUUUCUUCCCGUUGAACUAAUGGCUUAUAUUCCUAUAUAUAUGAUUUGUGGUGAAGCCAAAUAAAUGUAUGAGUCGAAACCCGUGUUCAAAACUAAUAUAAAUUAAAGCUCGAUGCUCCAUUUGCAAUAGGGUUCUUUUAAUUUUCUUGCUUCAUAUAGUUUUCAUAGGCAUAUAGCAUUUUGGAAUAGGGUUCUUAUCCAAGACAGCGGUGGUGAUUGGGUUAGCGGAUUUUGUCAUCGAAUCGGCGCAAGUACAACCAUCAUUGCGGAAUUAUGAGGAAUCUUUUUUUUUUAACAAAGGGAUCACUUAUAUUGCUCAACUGAUAAAAUUGGUUACAAAGAAUGGAUACAACAUGAGAAAACAAAUCAAGAAAGAACAGCUUCAACAUCCAGAGGAACACACAAACCAACGAGGAAAAAAUCAGAAUAAGAGAAAGCCAAGCAUGAUCCAACUAGACAAGGGCAUUCCAAUCUUGAGCCGCAAACCAAAGCAUCUGAAUCACUCUUUGCAACCCCAUUUAUCUGAAAAACUCAAAGGAAAGCUUCAGCUCAUCCAAUACAGAAAUGACCAUGAUGAUUGAACAUUGCAACACCAUAUGCCGCCUCCUGGGAGUUGUUCAAAGACGACCCAUCACAGUGAAUCACCGAAGAGAUUACACGGCGGUGGGCAGGACUAUACAUGAUUGUUCAUAACUGAAACAAAGAGUGGGAGCCGGCAACGGAUGCAUCCAUGACAAACCAGAGAGCAGGGAACACAAAGGGUUGAAAUACCCACAAAAACCACAAGAAAGAAGACCCACCAGCCUGAGCCUCACCUGCAGAAACACAAAGCUAAAAAGAGAUCCAAGAGCAAGAACACCAACGAGCAGCACAACCCACACCAUCAACACCAACCCACACUGCAAAUCAACCCCAAGGAAGAACUCCGAUCUCAUUGAAACAUGGACCAUCUGCCACGACAUUCGGAAGAGACACCGCUACCCACACUGACGAUUGGCAAAGAUGCAGAGAUCAAGCAAGGAGCACAACGGCAGAGGCGGAACGGUGAACAUGAUCGCCCACGUGAACGACCACACCAAGAAUGGGGUAAUCUUCAAAACCGAUCCAGCAGAAGCACCCCCAAAUUGCAUCUUCCGUACCCAAAACAGAGGAACAAAUCUAUAAAACUAGAUCUGAACAAGACACAACAUCUCCACCAGGGAGGAAUGUGGGAGGAACCACUUAGGAACCGAGAUAAAGCCACCAAGGGCUGGAAGAGCCAUCGAGGGCAGGAAAAUCAGAAUAGAUCUGCAAAAGCCGAUAAGGGCAAAGGAAACAGGAAAAGCCGGCGAUGAUCGGAGAGCAAGGAAACCACAAAGGAAAUCCGGCGAGCAAGAGAAAGGAAGAAAAAAGAGAGAAAUUGGGCCACCGCCGGUCACCAGAGUGGUGCCGGCAACAGCCCUGUAAAGAAGACGAUGGAAAGCUAGAGAGAAGGUGGAGGUUUUGAAAUAGGAGAGAGAUCUACUAUUACACCAAAAACCGGGUCUGACGUGUUCAAAUUAUGAGGUAUCUUCACGGGCCUGCAGCUAGCUUGGAAACAAGGUAUUCAAUUCCUCAUUGUGGAAUCAGACUCCAUGCUAGCUAUUGAUUUUAUUAAACAACAGCAUGAUCCUGUGCACCUUCACGGAAGCAUCUUGAGCACGAUUCGGCGCCUGCUACGUAGUAAUUGGGUGGUUCAGCUAGUUCACACAUAUCGCGAAGGGAAUAGAGUCGCAGACUGGCUCUCGAAGCACAGUCUCGUCUAUCCCUUCAGAUUGUAAGAGCUAGAAGAGCCUCCCACGGAGUUGGAGAAGAUCAUAAGGGAAGAUAUCAUCGGGGUUAGUUUUCCCCGGAUGGUUAUACAAGAUAGCAACGAUGCUAGUUAAGAGUCUUGGGAUAGGGCUGAUUUUUCCUCGAAUGUUCAUGUUAUUUGAUUGUUUAUCGGGAUCGCUUGGUGCUUGGUGGCUCUAUAUACUCCUCAUACUCCUUUGUAAAUUAUAACCUUCCCAAGUAUAAUGAGGUGGCUCUCUCCCGCCUCUGAACUAACUAACACACGUUGUGUUAGUGAAACACAUAAAUUUGUGUGCUCAUUUAUUUCUUGCUAUCGUUAUUUUUCUUGCAUUGUCAAUUAUCUUGAUCCGUUUUUAACAUAUAUUGUAUACGUUGAUUCCAAUCUUCUACCACGCGUAUGAGUGGCACAUGAGUAGGGAUGCAAUCAAACCCAUGGCCGCGGGUAUUCGACCGCCCCCGACCCAGUCAACGCGGGGAAUCCCCGCUUUGACCGGGUAUGAGGCGGGUAUGGGUAAAACCCGCAAAAAGUUUGAUGGAUAUGGGGCGGGUAUGGUUUUAGGCUCCCCCGCCCCAUACCCGCCCCGCCAAAAGAAUUUAUUCACAUAUAAAAAAAUAUGUGGAUCAAAUUGUAAUCUAUCAAUGAUGAUGAGGAUAACUUGAGAAAAUUAAUAGUAGAAAUGCAAUCGAGUUACCAUCCUAAUCAAAACCUAAUUCAUUUUCCUCAAUUCUCCUUUAACACUUUCACUUUCCCCCUUGUCAACAAGAUUAUGUUAGUUAAUUAUUACUUAGUAGAUAUAUCAGAGAUAGAACAUAAUAAUUUGAAGAAUAUUGUACUCUAUAUUAUGUAUUAAUGGAUGUUUUAGAAUCAUAUUCUUUGAAUCGUAUUAAGAAAAUGACUGUGUUUUGUUGAUUUCAUGAUACAAUAGGUUCGUUUAGGAUGAUAAUUAAAACUUUUCUUGUAAGUUUUAGGUAUAAUAAUGUUGGGGAUGAUUUAAACAAAUCCGCCUCAAACCCGCCCCAUUGCCAUCUCUACACAUGAGUAGUUAUGAGCUUGGUAGUAUUUUGCUGAAGUUCAAUUAUACUGUUCAUAAUUAACCAUGGCGUUUUAGCCCCACAUUUUUCUCUCCAUUUUCAUUUUUCAGGCCUUCCCAAAUCCCGAAUGCUGGUAGCCCUCAAGAGAAUCUAGAAACUGAAUAUACUUCCAACAGAACA